ACUGCAAAUAAGUCACGUGACAACAACACGUGACUGGGUUCAAAGUUGAAAGUCAAAAGCACUGCAGCUCCUCAGCAUGGCGGUCCUAGUGGGACGCAGAGCUCUGUGGCAAGCCUUCCACAUGCAGACAGCGGACAGCGUGUGCAGGCUGGCGGCGGCCGUCUCCUGCUCGAGACGGUAUGUUUUCUCCGGUAAAGUCUCGCCUUCUUCUCGCCUGAACGGUCACGGAACAGUGACACGACACUACAGCUCGGACUCGAAGGAAGACCUGCGGGUCAGGUACCUGGACGGAGAAGACGCCGGUAUUGUUGUUGUUGGGCUAAAUCGACCCAAAGCCAAAAAUGCCAUAAGCAAAAAUCUGGUCAAAAUGAUGUUUGAGACUAUGGAGGAUAUCAAGAAGAAUAACAAAGUGCGCAGUGUCAUUUUAUGUAGUUUGGUUCCUGGGAUUUUCUGUGCAGGUGCAGACCUGAAGGAGAGGGCCAAGAUGCACCAAAGUGAAGUGGGACCAUUUGUGUCCAAAGCAAGAGCACUCAUCACAGAGCUGGGUAACCUGCCAGUACCAACAAUUGCUGCAAUUGAUGGAGCUGCUUUAGGAGGAGGCUUGGAAAUGGCCCUUGCUUGUGACAUCAGAAUUGCCUCCAAUACUGCAAAAAUGGGACUAGUUGAGACCAAACUUGCGAUUAUUCCUGGAGCAGGUGGUACACAACGUCUCCCCAGGGUGAUUGGUGUCUCUCUUGCUAAAGAGCUCAUCUUUGCUGCCCGAGUGGUGGAUGGAACAGAGGCAUGUCGUCUGUCUCUCGUCAAUCAUUCUGUGGAACAGAAUGAGAGUGGAGAUGCUGCCUACCUGCGGGCUCUGGAGCUCGCCCGUGAGAUCAACCCUCAGGGUCCAAUUGCAAUAAGGAUGGCAAAACUGGCAAUCAACCAGGGGAUAGAGGUGGAUUUAUCUACAGGUCUGGCAAUUGAAGAGGCAUGCUAUGCCCAGGUGAUACCAACUAAAGAUCGAUUGGAGGGUUUGGCUGCAUUCAAGGAGAAGAGGUGUCCUCACUACAAGGGGGAAUGAGGCCACACUCCUUCCAGAAACAAUCACAGAGUUCGGCCUUCAGCUCUCCUACUGUUCCACUGCUUCCAACAUAUUUAUGGGUGAAACUGUACACGUCAACACAUUAACCUGUACAGUACCCAGGGGACGUCUGUUUGACUACAGGACAUUAGGGUUGAUCCUGGCUGGGGUUUAUGCCAAUGACUUAAAUGUUCAAGUGUAAAGCACUUCUACCACUUCAGGAAAAAACAAGCAAAAUAACCAAGCAUUGGCCACCAUCUAAAACAUGAAUUACAUUAAAUGGUUAUUGCUAUUUGCAGUAUGACUGGCACUAAAUGUAGCCUCCUUGACUAGUGAACCAAUCAGAGAGAUAUCGAAAUUUCCAUAAAGUUCUGUGAAGUUUUACUGCUUUUUUACUUUGGUAGAAAUGUACUGAACACUGAAUAACACCAGAGGGGUCUGCAUGAAAUCAUAAGAGACUGGAUUUUCCCUACUCCCUGUGGUAGUGACAAAAAAGACACUGUGACCCAAGAUGAAUCGGUUGAAAACAACACAUAGUCUAAAUCAAGUAUCAACAGAAUUGUUAAAUUUGUCACAAAGCAAAGCUUGUGCCAUCAGAAUAAGUUUAAUAUGCUAUGAUGACAGAAAAACAUUCUACACAUAAUGGCUUUAAGGAUCAGUAAGUCAUUUCUCUCUGCCUGCUCUUACUCUGCCUCAAAGAUAACCAGUACUUCACAGUUCUCUUGACUGUACUCAUUGGCCUUGUUUGUAGUAUGUAAUUAGUUGGUUAGAAAUUAUUCAUUUGAUUGGUUAACUGACCAACAGAAUGUUAAGAAUGUUGUUGUCACUCAGAAGUUGUCCAUCUUAAGCCCUUGCUCUACCUGGUAGGCUCAGGUCUGAGCAAAACAUUUUUUGGAAAGUUCUUAUGUAAACAGUGGUAGCUUUAGCCCUUCACUACAGAGCUUCUCUUCUUCUACAGUGGGUGAACAUGUUGUUUAACGUGGCAUCCUUAACAACAGGAGGCUCACAUGACUUUGGUGCCCCAUAGUGGUAGUAUCAAAAAAGCCGCUGCAACAAAAACUUCAAUCAGAAUCAUUUUUGAAGAUGUAAUCACAUAAACAUUCUACAUGUGGUGGCUUUCAAUAAAAUAAAAAAGCUCAUUCUUAUCAGUUUUUCAAUGUAAUACUGUAACACUAAAUUUACUCAAGACCUGACACAUCAGUAGUAUUUAACACCCCAUUCACAAAUACAGACUCAAACACAAUUGGAAAUGCAUCAGGAUGCCAUUCAUUGUGAAUUGAAAAAACAAAAGGUUUUCAAGGUUACUACAUGAGACGUAUAUGUGAAGAAAAUGGGUGUUUGUUCAGUGAGACCGAUGAGUGACAGACAUAAAAAAAAAAACAUGUCAGAAAUGUGGAAUACCCUGAAAAGUACCUUAUUUGAAUUCUAUUAACAUAUUGUAAAGUUAUGCAUUUGAGCAUGAAAGUUCAUUCUCAACUUUGGAAAAAGUAGACAAAAACACUCAAGUCCACUUACUAGCUUUUUCAAAAGCUUUCAACCACAUCUCAUUGUCUUAAUUGGUGGAUGUAACUUCAUCUGCUGAUAUAGACCAUGAAAUUUGGUUAAAAGGCUGUAAGUGCACCUUGAGUUACAUUUCCUUUUUCUUUUUCUUUUUUUUUAUCCCUAGACAUAUUUGAUAUACAUUUUUUUUAAGACCUUUUCUACAGAGCCCCAAAUAUACUUUUUAACUUGUGCACACAAGAUUAAACAAAAUAUAUGUAUUGUCUUACAGGACUUUACUCUGUACUUUUCAAUAUAUGGCCCUACAAAUUGCUUAGUGAAUGUUUAACACCAGAAAAUGUAAACAUUUCUUAACAUAUAGUUAUUUACCAAAUGUCUUUUGUAUGGAAAUGUGUUUUGUGACCCCUUUCCACCCCUGGUCAGAUUUCUGUUGUUCUAACAAUGUAGCCAGUGACUCUCAGGCAGGCUGGCGAGCAGUCAUUGCUGUAUCCACACAUAUGAAAACACUCAUGUAAUUUCCUCUAAGUUGCCUUUUCUUCAGUACUACAUGUGUUUUAGUCCUCAUUGAUUUAGGAAUCAGAAUGUUUUUGUAAACCAGUAUCAAUCCUCAAACUGCUGUAUGAUGUUAUUUUAGAAAGUGAAGUGAGCCUGUGAGCCUCCUUCAGAGUGGAACAGCCCACAGAGCAUGAGACCAUAUCACACAGUUGUAAAUAAAACUUUCACAUAAAUACUUGAUUAUAUCAGGUUGCCAUAAUCUCUCCACUUGCAGUUCUAUGGUGUCUGCCUGAAAUACAGUAUGUUGAGCCAUAUUGUUCAUAAAUGGGGGAUUGGUAUUCCUCACAUGCAGUAAGUACAGGUAGAAGCUGGUGGAAACUGGUAACUGAGUACUGUGCAUGCAUUACUGGAAAUGGGCUAGAGCGCUCUAUUGUGAUAUUCGGAAAUAAAAUCUGGAGGUGUAAUAAUCAGAA